AUGACAAAUAGGACGAAUUCCGACACCAAUAAGAAUCACCCUACGUUUUACGUGAACGACGAUGAAGUGACUUUUGAAAAUGAUAGAAAACAGCAAAGCAUUGAGGGUGAUCAGAGUGAUAUAAAGAUUCCAAAAAGACAAGAUAAGACUUACAUUAAGCCUCAGGGUAGUAAUAAUAAGCAAAAUUUAAUUAUAGCUACCGAUCAAAACUAUGUACAACCACUGAGCCCUAACACAUCCACAGCGGAAACAACUGUUUUAUUGUCGACCAAAGAACAGUUCAGCAGCAUUAGUGAUAUAUUAAGGUUCCCUAUUGAAUCAUCACACGCAUAUUCAUACGCUCAUUUAUCCCCAAAUUCGUUAGCAUUGAGGUUGAAUGUAUUGAAAAGGUCAUUGGAGAUCCUAAAAGAUAGACCAGGUUUACUUAAGUUCAUGAACCUAGGGACAGAUAACCAGUUUGGAAAAGGGCCAUUUAAGCUUGAGAGGCCAAAAAUUCCGAACUUUGGAAAUAGGAUAUACAGCAAUCCACAUGCCAGUAAUAGUUCAGAAUUUUUCAAUAACAGCGAUAGAUACAAAAUUCAGUCAAAUGCAUCAUCCGCAGCAUUAUCGGAAUUAUUUAGGCCAUCCAUGAAAAGAUCCGACAGCUUACCUGUAAAUCAAAUUUAUGCUACAAAAGCCGAUUCAUCAAAUGAUGCAACUAAUCAAUCCAAAUUGAGUAUUGGUGGGCUGAAGGAUCCUAUAAUUAACGGUGAUUUUAAAGAUAUCAUAACAUUAUUAGAGAAUGAUAACGAAGCCUUGACAAAACAAAGUUUCGAUACUUCCGCUUUGCAUGAUUUAUCACAAACUCCUUCCAAAGACGGUCAGAAGCUAAAAAAGGAUCUAUUAAAAAAUAAAUUAUUAUAUGCAUUGGCAACUCCGUUUGUUGAAAAUUCGUCUUCAUUAUUAGGGGAGCAGUAUAGUUUACUUGCUCCACAGUUUAGUGCAUCAUCUGCGUCUUUAAGCUCAUUAGCUAAAGUUCCAUCAACCCCAACGACAAGUAAUACCGCAAAUAGUAAUUCAAGACCAUUUCAUUCAAUUUCCCUGGGAAAGCAUGCAUUACCACAAUCAAUUUUUACAGUUGAAACGGACAGUCCAUGGUCAGUGAAAGCGGCCAAUGAUUUGGCGUUAUUAAUGUUUGGAAUUCUGAAAAAUAUGAUAAAGUCAUUGAAUUUGAUGGACUUAAUAGCUCCUCAGUUUAGAGAAUUUGUUGCGGAUAAAUUGACAAAAUCAAUGGCGGAUGAUAUUUUGACAGAUUCUAAACACGAAAAAGGAGGCAACGGUCGUGAUACACGGGACAUCAUGUUUGCAGGUGAAAUUGUCGCUAUUAUGAGACCCGGCGAUAAAGAUUUUGCGUGGACUUCGGUUUGGGCUAAGAAGAGAGGAAAUCUUAUAUUUUGUAUGUUUGAACAAAUUCCUUGCGAUGCAUUCGAUGUUGUAAUCCUGUCCGAUAAGGUUAAAGAUGAGGGUUACAAAAUUGCUUCUAUUAAUGAGGUUGCAGGUAAAUUGAUGAGAAAUGUCGAUACCAGCAAAAUGAAAGUCCUCUCUGAUGUCAGCGAGUCCAUGGGUUUGGAUUUGAGUGACAGAGAUGAGAAUGAGGACGAUUUAAUAGACGAAUAUCUUUCGCAUGACAUAAUUGAUAGCGAGAAAAUAAAUAAAACUAGGUAUUACACAUUACAAUUGAAUACGGACGAAAACAUGCCCUGCGCCGUAACAUCAUAUCCCUUGGAAUUAAAUGAUGAUAAGGACGAAAUUAAGUUGAAAAUUCACUCCUUACCGUAUAUUGGUGGAAUGUUUGUUAUAGAUUCAUCAUCAUACAAUAUUAUUUCAUGUAAUAACGCUAUUGCAAAAAAUUUGUUCGGUAGAUCCUCAGCUUAUUUGAAAAAUAAGUCAAUUAAUAAUUUAAUCCCGGAUUUCACUGAAAUUUUAAACAUAGGUUUAAAGAAUCAUGAAGAUUCAUUAGACAUUGUCCCUGGGCUUGUAUUGCCGGAACAUUUCUUUAGGAAGUUUGACGCAAUACGUAGGCAUUCAAAUGAUAAGAAAGAAACUGAAGAAUCCUUAUUCUUCAAUUCGCAAGGUAUAAGAGGAUUACAUAGAGAUGGUAAAUUUAUUUGGGUUGAUGUUCAAUUAAGAGCUUCUUCAAGUGAGGCAUUUGUCGUAUGGAUCACAUAUUCAAGGCUGAUAGGUACGAAAGAUUCCAACGUGUCGAAAGAACUUGAAAAGCUAAGUUCAAGCACUUCUUCAUUAUCGAUUCAACUGAUGAACGACAAGGAAAGAAUUAAAACUAGACUGCUGAGUGGUGGUUAUAGAAUGAAUGAAGUAAAUCUACCAUCCCAACUAAAACUAUUUCCCCAUGAUGAUCUGGAAAUUAUAGAAUUUACCCCAAGUAGUGGUGAAAUUAGUAGAGAAACAAGUACUAGGCGGCCUAAGUCGAAUACAUUUGCAAUUCCUAUAGCCCACAUGAAUAAAAACUUGGAAAAAGCGCAAGACUUAGGUGAUAAUAUUGGAGGAGAAGGAGGAAAUGCAAUGAAAAGAAAGAGAAUGAUCUCAAAUACCGAUUCGACAGGUUCAUAUGUGUCUGGAAAAUCAACCGAAUCAGCCACAAUGAGUCCAGAUACUAUUGCAACAACAGUAUUUAAUGAUAAUGAAAGAAAAAGUUCAAAUGCCAUCAUAUCAAAUGAUACAUAUCAUAAAUAUUCGGAAAAAGAGAUAUUAAAGAUUGAAGAUGAAAUGCUUGAAGAUAAGAUAAAGCAUUCAACUCAUUGGCCAACAGUCAUAGGAGCAAAGAGAAGAACAAAAAAAUUCUCUGAAUUCAAGGUGCUCAAAGAGUUAGGUGAAGGCGCUUAUGGAAAAGUUGUUCUUGCCCAGCAUAAGGAAGAUCCUGCUUAUACAAUAAUCAUUAAAUGUAUAGAUAAAGAAAGAAUUUUGGUGGAUACAUGGGUAAGAGACAGAAAAUUAGGUACGAUUUGUUCUGAAAUUCAAAUAAUGGCAUUCUUGAACAACGAGCCCCAUGUAAAUAUCAUGAGAAUUAUUGAUUUUUUCGAAGAUUCGAAGUACUAUUACCUUGAAACCCCAUUAUUUGGUGAUCCUCCAGCUAUUGAUUUAUUUGAUUUUAUUGAAAUUAGAAAGGAUUUAAGUGAGCGUGAAUGCCGUUUUAUUUUUAAACAAAUAGUACUGGCAAUUUAUCAUUUGCAUAAACACGGAAUAGUUCAUCGAGAUAUCAAAGAUGAAAAUGUAAUUGUUGACGAGAAUGGCAUUGUUAAGCUAAUUGAUUUUGGUAGUGCAGGUUAUACUAAACUGGGACCUUUUGACGUUUUUGUUGGAACGAUUGAUUAUGCAUCACCUGAAGUAUUGCGUGGUGAGAAAUAUGAAGGUAAGCCGCAGGACAUCUGGGCACUAGGAAUUUUGUUAUACACUAUGCUUUAUCAAGAGAACCCUUUCUAUAACGUUGAUGAAAUUAUGGAAGGAGAUUUGCGAAUCCCCUAUGUUGUGAGUGAAAACUCCUUGAAAUUGAUUAAAAAGAUUUUGGUCAGAGAUAUAAAGUGUAGACCGACUAUUACAGAUAUCGUAGAGGAUGUAUGGCUAGAUAUAUAG